AUGUCGUCACCUGAAACGGAGGGUGAUUCUGCCGAAGUGCUCUGGCACCAGCUGCCUCAUGGCCAGACUCCCUUACAGACACCUACUGGCUGGCCGUCGAACCAGGACGAGCCUGUUGACCGCGAAGAUGUGCUCCUGAUCAGGCAUUACCGCGAGGUGGUGGGCCACAUCAUGAUGCCAGUUAUCGAUCCACCACGCAACCCAUGGCUCCAAAUAUAUUUGCCUUUGGCCCUUACACAAUCACCUGAUCGCACUACUCUCGCUUUACGUCACGCCAUCCUUGCCGUCUCAGCUCUACACCGAGCCCAACUCGGUGGUUCGGAGCGACAAAGUCUGCUAGUGAAGGGUGUGGUCUAUGCGCUCGAUGCCGCACAGUUGGUGGGUGAUUGCUUGAGUGAUAGUGAUGUCGAAUACUCAGAGGCCCAGAAACAUGCCUUACUGGCCUGCACAUUGUCAUUAGUCUCGAGCAACAGCUUCGCAUCUGAUAGCAAGAGCUACCAAGAGCAUCUCAGUCUUGCACACAGCGUGUUCACUAUGACCGGGUCGAGUUGUUUCUGGAGGUCAAACCUUCGGUCCAGCGUGCUUUAUCAGAUAUACCGGUUUUACGAGCUCUUGGAAACAACUACUCAAGGAGCAUUAGCCAGUGGACCUGAGUAUAAUGAGUGCAGGACGAUCAAGUCCAUUUCACCAGACGAGGACAGUGAUAAUAUCUCAUGUUUCUCCACAUCCUCGAUGGGAUUCCAACAUCCUGAGGGAAUCGUCAUGCCGGCCCAUUAUGUUCUAGAUACCUGUUUCGGCAUCAGCCUGCGGACGAUAUCAUUGCUCUAUCGAACCGUUCGUGCCGACCGACAGAUUGCUAAAUGGGAUCCGCGCGUCAGCAUCGAGGGACGCCUAGUUCAAGAAUUCGAACAUGUUAGAGCAGAGCUUUACGAUAUCACACUUGAUCCUAAGGCACUAUCAAGGAGCGCGUUAAAUGAUGAGAUAAACUUCUACGUACCUGAUUCUAAACUGGAACUGCUCUGGUCAUUCGGAGAAGAUGCGGUCAUCCCUACAGCCGUUCGGGAUGAGCUGCUUGAAAGCCACCAAUGGGCCUUUCAUAACGCCGUCAUUUUAUUCUUCGGGCGUUGCUUUGACUCGCCACAGUUUAGGCGCUCUGAAACGGACUAUCCAGACAAAGGCAGGCCGAGAUGGGCGAAUUUGGAAACUCCCUUUCAAGAUUAUCAGAAAUUUGUCGCUUUGACAUUCGACUCCCUCGAGACUAUUCAGUGCCUCACUCGGGGCCGCUCAAUCAGGCCUGCCAUUACAUUAUGGCCUGCCCUCGUUGCCGCUUGUGAGGCCGUAGAUGUCGAGCUGCGACACAGGUGUCUCCAGUGGUUUCAAAAUGCGUCAGGAAAGGGGAUCGCCAACUUGUCUCGGGCAAGGGCUCUGGUCCUAGAGGUAUGGAAGCGAACGGACCGCCACCUUGACGCAGACGGGAGACUCCCUCCCUCAAGCCGUGGGCUAGGGUUUGUUGACUGGCGCGACGUCAUGGGCGAGCUGCCAACCCCCAUUAUGCUGACAUAG